ACAUUUAUAAGAAAUCGUACAUGUAUGCACGCGCGUCCAACGUCCGGUUCACCGACCACCAUCACGUAUCAAACCGUACACGGAACCUAUAGUACACUCCGCUCCGUCGCCGUCCCAUAUCUUUUCUUUCUUUCGUUGCUUUCGUGUACUUGUUAAUAAUCCUGAAAACACGAUGGACGUUACUCUUUUAUUUCAACAUUCGCAGUACGCGAUACCAAUUGGAAUCGUUCUAAUUUGUGCCAUCCUCGUCUUUGCUUUCGGUUUCAAGAAGGCCGAGCAACCACCGUUCGCUCAACUCUCCGACGUGGACCGGAAACUUAGCAACAAGAAGCGCGGUAAAACCAAAGAUAAGAAAGCUAGCAAUGGUCAAGUAGCAAGUGAGAAAGCAAGUCCACUUAAAAAAACUGUGGUAUCAAAAACAGAAAUUUCAUCAAAGAAAUCUACAUCAAAGGCAGAUGAGAUGGAUAGUAAGUCAAAGGAAAAGAAACAAGAAGAUAAUAAAAGCUAUGUUAAGAAGGAAAAAAGUCAAAUUGAUGCAAAAGAUGUAACAGAAAAUAAAGUUGAACAAACAAAAAAUAAGAAGAAUUUGAAAAAUUUAGUUCAAGAGAAACCAGUAGAUUUUGAUGAUGGAGAUUGGGAACAAGCAUACUCUAGAAAAGAUAAAAAAAAUAAAAAAAAAGAAGAGGAAAGCCCUUCAAAGAAAGGUAAAAAAGCCACAAAAAAGGCUGAUAUAAUUAAUGAAGCUGUUGCAAAACAGAAGGAACUAGAUAAAGGUGAAGUUAAAGACAAAGUUGCUAAAGAAACAGAAAAUAAAGAAUUAAAGGAAAAGGAUAAAAAAGAAGUAAUACUUACUCCAAUUUCUACUGACAAGGUUAUUCAGGAGAAAGAAUCAGAAAAGGAAGAAGAACAAAAUAAGACUGAAAAAUUAGAAAAAGAAGAAAAAAAAAGUACCAAAUCAAAAAAGAAUAAAAAGAUUUCUGAAGAAGAAAAUAUACAAGUAUCAACAAACUCUAGAGCAGAUAUAGAUGCUAAACCUGUUGAAAAUUCAGUACAAAAAAAGAAAAAUGAUGUGGAGAAAAAGGUAGAUAAUUUUGAUCCUAAAGUGGAACAAGCAUGGGAAAAAAAUACUUCUGCAUCUGAUGAAUCAGGAGAUGCAAAGUUGCAGAAGAAAAAUAAGAAGAAGGCUCGGAAAGAUAACUAAGGAAAG